UCCUUUAAGUAAAUGGUAAAUGGUACUUUUAAAUCCUUUUUCUAAUCGAUUGUUGUUCUUCUUCCUGUUCAAUUCUAACAUUUUCCUUAUUUGUUUUUGUUACAAAAAUCCACAAGUCACAUUUAUGUAGAAAGCACAAGUAUAAAUAAUCAAUUUUUGAAGUAAGAAACAUGGAUAUCUUAUUAAUUACCUAUCAUACAACGCUUUUUAGGAUACCUUUGCAAAUUGGACAUGUCACUCUAAAAACGGAGAGUCACUUAAGAAUCCUUGUCAUCAGUCUUUAUAAGUGUGUCACCCACAAAGGAUGAGGCUUAGAAGACGACCAAAAAUCUAUGACACAUAAUAGUUACGAGAAAAUGGACAGAUUAGCUGGAUUAUUUAAGAGAAGCUCAGAGUCCGGAGACCGCAGUUGCCGAGGUGUUGGGGGAGAAGCAGUCCGUGGAGUUGGAGGAGAAGGGGAAGAUGGAGUAGAUGAUGGAGAUCUAGAGGAUGGGAGUAAAAAUAGGAAAAAUCAGAAAAUAUACAAUAAUAGCGCAAUUCCUUCCAUUAGCUGGAACGUUUUUCGACAUGAAGGAGUAACAGAAGAUUUAGAUAGUAUAGGAAAUUUUUCCAGUAGCACUGCGUUCACAGAUUUAGUUGAUAUCAUGUCAAAACACAGGAUAAAAUAUCACAGUCCUCAUAACCCUCCAGGAACAGAAUCAAAUUUCUGGAAUCUGGUAAAAUGGCAGUUUUUAUUUGUAAGUCUGUUGACCUUUUUCUGGUGUUUAGCACUCUUUCUAUACCUUAGUCUAGUGGAUCCUUUCGAGCCACGGCCUCAGCCAACCAAUCCUUAUUCGAGCUUAAUAUCCUUCCGUCAUGGUGGUAGUGGGGACUGGGAGGUUCUUAAUUCAAGAAUCAAAGAAUUUAUAAAGGGGUACUCAUUUGGUGAGCGUAUAGGAGCUUCAAGUGUGUGUAACUGGAACACCACGCUUACUAAAGAUUUUAGGUAUAAAGGAAGAAUAGGAACUCAACACUUGCCUCAAAUCCAAAGUUGUUAG